GGUUUGUGGAAAAAACUGCAGCGGCUGUUACCGGAGCCACGCAGUGAGGAGCUGAGUGCGAAAAAUCACUGGCUCUGGCGAGAGUUGAGCCACACACACUCGGGUUUUUAGUUAUUCGUGCCGAGGACGACCUUGUCAAAGCCGGGAUUUACUGCUGCCGAGAAGUGGUUGAGUCGACGGGGGGAUUUUCGGCGCCCGAAAGGAAAAUUGGUUGGGGCCUUUGACUACCCUGUGGCUUUGUCUGAACGAGAGAGUUCUGGUGCUCUCAGAACGACAAUCUUGAAGACAACAGGGAGUCGCAUAGCCUGACAGGUUCCAGACGUAGGUGCUUUCUGCUUCACAAACUGGGACUUCAUGGCUGCCAGUGCUGCUGCUUGAUUCAUUGCACUGUCCAGUGACCCCCACAACUGAGUCUUGAAUAGUGAUCAUCAUUGGUGUACUACAAUCAGUACCUGUGAGCCAUAGCUUCAUGGAGGGGUUUCCUGUCCACUGACCCAGCAGGCUGCCUUACUGGAUCAGCAGCCAUGUCUGCCUGCAGCACCUUCACCGAGCACGUGUGGAAACCAGGCGAGUGCAAGAACUGCUUUAAACCUAAGAGUCUGCACUGUCUGGCUCAAAGUGGUGGAAGGACGCCUCCUUCUGAGCAGAGGCCUCCAACAACUCAGCCACAGAAUCCGCCCCCUACUGGGGCGAGAGCCAACCCUACCCUUACCAACAACUCUCAGAGGGUUGGCAGCGGGUCUGCUCGCUCAGGACAUUUCCGUCCACCGGUGGCUAAGAAGCCAACCAUUGCUGUCAAACCCACUAUGAUGCUGCCCUGCUCCUCUGUGGGACUGGAUUCAGAUGGCAACCUGCAGCGACCACCCAAUGUGAUAGAACAGGGCAAAACAUCAGCCUUUACGAUCUGGAAUCGCAAUGGGCUGAACCAAAAGAGACCUGGUGGGCCCAGCAACAAUAACGAAGGUGAGGAUGCGAGUGAAGAGAUUGAAGGUUAUGAGCAACUUAGCCCAAGGACCCCUAGUGGAAACAAUAACAACAGUGGACUGACAGAUGUCCUAAAGGAGAUUGCUGGGUUAGGCCCUGGUCUUAGCCCCACGCCCCUUUCUGGUUCCAAGGACUUAUUUUGGGGACGAAUCAGUAGCUCAUAUCGGCGGUCGUUGGAAAGAGGUCUUCCAGCCUCAAGCUGUCUGGCCAUGGGAGGCAGCAGUAGUGGUGGUGGCAAUGCUCAGAAACAGGUAUUCCUUAACGAUAGCAGUGAGAUCAUCAGCACAGAGGGAGGUCGCUUUUGCUAUCCAGAGUUUUCCAGUGAAGGUGAAGAUGAUGAGGAGGAUGAGGAGGAAGAGACUGAAAGAGAUGAUGAUGAACAUGAGAGCUGGGAUGAAAGUGAUGAAGAGUUACUAGCCAUGGAGAUACGUAUGCGAGGCCAACCACGAUUUGCAAAUUUUCGUGCUGCUACAUUAUCUCCUGUGCCCUUUGCUGCAGGGAAAAAAUGGAAUACCGUGCCACUUCGCAACCGCUCACUACAGCGGAUUUGUGCUGUGGACUACGAUGAUAGCUAUGAUGAGAUCUUGAAUGGAUACCCUUCCCCUUCCAUGGAUUCCAAUGGAGCUCUGCUUCCAUAUGGGUCCCAUGACAUGCAAGGUAGUGGUUUCCUAUCAAAUUCAGAAUCUGUCACCUCUCCAGAAUCAUCAUCUUCGCUACCAGAGGAUUCUCGAACAACAUCCAGCAGUGGGAGCAGUGCUCCCUCUGGUCUUCGAAAUGGUUUACAAUCACCCACAUCUCCUAAGGCACCUGUCAUCUGCACUUCCCCUAAAAAAGAGCCUAUCCAGAGAGCACUGAGUCCACUUAAGGUGACUGAAACACACAAGGCUGUACUGGCCAUUAGAUUAGAAGAUCAGGAUGGCCGAGAAGGGAUGCCAAUGCCCCAGGCCCUUCCAGGUCAACCAGUCACUAUCAGUUUUAGUCCCACAGAGGAGCAAGCUAAACCGUACCGUGUGGUGAAUUUAGAAAAAUCUCUGAUCUGUAAGCCUUACACUGUAGUGGAUGUGUCAGCAUCCAUGGCCAACAAAGAAGAACAAAGUCCAGACUCUACUCCAAAACCAAAAAACCUGUCAAUGCCUUCAAGCCCUACAUCAUUCUGUAGCACUCCUUUAGGUCAGCCCCUGUCUCCAACCUCUCCUGUGUCUUCAUCUUCUCCUGUGAUGCUAACAUCGCCCACAUCUGUAGCCGUGUCAGGGGCCUCCCGAAAGAAAUCAGGAAGCAUACGAUACCAAGAAGUGUGGACAUCAAGCACAAGCCCUCGCCAAAAGAUACCUAAAGUGGAUCUAGGAGUGGGAAGUAAUCCAGGCCCCUCCAUUCCUACUCAACACUGCAGCCACAAGUCAGCUCCCACUUCUCCCAUUGCUGGGCUGUCUUCCUCCCGAACUGUACCUGUGAAAUCCCCAAAUUUAUCAGAGAUCAAGUUUAAUAGUUUCAAUAAUGCAGGCAUGCCUCCUUUUCCCAUAAUUAUUCGAGAUGAGCCAACCUAUGCCCGCAGCUCCAAGAAUGCUGUAAAGGUACCUAUUGUUAUCAAUCCAAGUGCAUAUGACAACCUAGCUGUGUACAAAAGCUUCUUGGGACUCAGUGGGGAACUGCAACAGCCAAAAGGGGUAGGUAGUAGAGUUGCCAGCCAUACUUAUGAAGAGAUUGGAUCCUCUGAGAGUGUCCAGUCCUCCUCAACAGAUAAAACUAUCUCUGGUAGAGGCACAUCAGAGAGAGCUUCUUUUGAAGAGACAAAAGCUCCAGCUGAAGCAGUUUCAAAAGCACCACAUUUACAAUCUAGAACCACUAUAGACUCUUGCACUGUGACAAGCACUGUGAUGAGCUCCACAGUUGGGGCCCUCUCUCCCACUACAACAAAUCCCCCUGCCAUUCUUGCCAUUACUGCAAACCUACCUAAAACUAGCCCUACUGCCAAUGCUGUUACUCACACCUGCAAGACAAGUGGAGAAGCUACAUGUAGUAAAGAUGUUAAUACAGACUUAGCUUCUUCUGCUGGGACAGCUGUAAGCCAUAAGGAGGAAGCCAGUGCUGUGCUUUUACAGAUUGUGGCCUCCAUUCAUCCUCCCCAGUCUCCUCCAGAGUCUCCUUCAGCAAAAUCCAAAACCUUUAAUUCUGAGGAGCUGUAUGCACUCCCACCUGAUGCUAUGGAGGAGACUCUCACCCGACCCAAGUCUCUCUUUUCCACAACUGAUGGCUGUCUUUCCAAGCCCAAGAAGGACACACCCUCAAAAGUUUUGUCUAAAUCUCAGAGUGCUUCUGCUGCUGUCCCACUCUCCAGUCCCCGAUCAGAACCCAAUGCCCCCUUCCCCCCUCCUAGAUCUACGUCUUCCCCUUAUCACGCUUCUAACAUCCUCCAGAGGCACUUUGGCAACUGGGCCAGGAGUUCUGCCUCCAGUUCUCCUGUACGACCCAGUGAAGGUGAAGCAAGUCCAGGUGGAGAGGGGAGACGUGUUUCAGCAGAUAGCUCCAAACCCAAACGCUGGAUCUCCUUUAAGAGCUUUUUUCGUCGGCGGAAAGAUGAGGAUGAGCAGAGAGAGAGAGUCGAGAGAGAGAAGGAGAAAGGCAAGCUGGUUGGGCUUGAUGGAACAGUCAUUCACAUGCUUCCACCACCACCAAUCCAACAACAUCACUGGUUCACCGAAGCCAAGCCAGAGGAUCCCACCCAGAAGCCAACCAUCAUCUUCACCUACAAACCAGAAAGUGGCAGUAACACUGCUGAUGGAGAAAGUGAACUGCACAUAGAAGAGUCCAAGGAAAAAGCACUCCUGACACCUGAGAGCAAGGAACCCAGACCUUUGAGUCCAGGGCGAAUACCAACUUCACAAACCACUGGAUGUGAUCUCAUCAACAAAGACUUCAGCCAGGUACCAGUCAGUGCCAGCAAUACCAGGGAUCGGGAGCUGACUGGUGCCGCCUCCCUGCCUGCCAAAGUGAAUCUGGGGCUGGUGCAUGGGGAGGGCGAGGAGGGCCAUGCCAACCAGGUUUCCACACCAGCUUCAGCCAGCGAGGGCAGCGCCAGCCUUGGAGAUCCAGAGGAGGACGGAAAUCACUCCCAUCACUCCCACUCGACCGCCUCCAGCCAGUGCAGUGCCACAUACAGCAACCUUGGUCAAUCCAGAGCCAACAUGAUCCCACUGAAACAGCCACGGAACAUCAAAGCAUCUAACGACACCUUGGCCUCCAUCGACCUGGACGGACUUUCCGACCUGCCAGCCCCAAAGGCCACACCACCGCCGCUACCUAAGAAGGUUGUUCCUCGCUCAAACACUGAACCCAGUCUUGGAGGCAAAGAUCCAGCCCAGGGAGCCCUAAGACCUCGGGCUGAGGCCAAACCUGGAGGUACCAACUUGAGUGUGGCCAACCCUCUAUAUGAUCUGGACUCCACCUGGGAGACGGCCAGUCAGAGCUCUUCUCUCAGCUCAGAGCCUCAUCGAGCUCACGACCACGAGAGCGGUGACUCCCUGGAGAGACCAGCUGCCAUGACUGCCAGCAAGGGCCGCCCAGCCAUCAGUGUAUCCUCCCUAGUUGCUCAGUCCUCAUCAGCUGCCCCCAGUGUGACCACUGGCAGAGAGAGGAGGGUCUACCCCAGUACAGAGUCUUUGGCAGGAAGGGUUCGGACAACGGGUCGAGGAGCUGCUGCGGGAGGUGGAGGCUCCAAACCCCAGAGACCUGCUCUUUACAGGGGGUUAGACAGCUGGGACGAAGUGGUGGGAAGGAUCCGGGGGCUCCACACGGACACACUGCGGAAGCUGGCAGCAAAGUGUGAGGACCGUUUUAUGGCUGGUCAGAAGGAUCACUUGAGAUUUGGCACUGACAGCUGGUCCCACUUCAGGCUGACCACCGGGAAACCCUGCUGUGAGGCGGGGGACGCUGUGUACUACACCGCCUCGUAUGCCAAGGACCCAUUGGUGAAUUAUGCCAUUAAGAUCUGUCGGAGCAAAGUGAAGGAGACCCAGCAGCAGUUUUUCCACAGCCUAGCAGUGAGACAGAGCCUGGCCGUGAACUUCAACAUCCAGCAAGACUGUGGACACUUCCUGGCUGAUGUCCCCACCCGCCUGCUGCCCUGGGAAGAGGGAGCAGAUGAGGAGGAGGAAGAGGGCGAAGAGGAAGAUGGAAAUGGGCUGAAGGAGAAAGGGAUUAAGACCGAAACCAAGACGACGGAUUCCAAAGCUUCAAAUGGUAAAUUAGAUGAAACCCCCGCAGCAGGCCACAUGAAUACCGCUGGCCGCUUAAAGAGUCGAGUGGUGGUCAUCACACGCGAGGUGCCGUUCCAGACGGUGGCUGACUUUGUCCGAGAAGGCGUGGCACGACACACUCAUAACCCGGAGCUGUACGAGCGCCAGGUGUGUCUCCUGCUGCUGCAGCUGUGCUCCGGCCUGGAGCACAUGAAACCUUACCACGUGACCCACUGUGACCUGCGAAUGGAAAACCUGCUGCUGGUCCACUGCCAACCUGGCAACCCCUGGAAUUUGGAUGUUCUUGAGCCCAAUAAUAACAGCAGUAGCAGUAGCAGCAGCAGUUCUGGUGCAACCUCUGCCAGUGCUGCUGCUGCUGCCGCCGCCAACGCCACCUGCCCCGCCCGCCUCAUCAUCAGUAACUUCUCCCAAGCAAAACAGAAGAGCACUCUCAUGGUCACCGACCCUGGUACGCUGCGUGACCAGUCCCGCCUGGCACCCGAAAUUGUCACAGCGACUCAGUACCGCAAGUGUGACGAGUUCCAGACUGGGAUUCUCAUCUAUGAGAUGCUGCAUCGGCCCAACCCGUUCGAGGAGACGCCGGAGCUGAAGGAGCGGGAGUACACCUGGGCGGACCUGCCGCCACUGCCUAUCAGAUCCCUCUAUUCACACGGUCUGCAGCAGCUGGCCAGGUUACUGCUCACCGUCAACCCGUCUGAAAGGAUCCGCAUGUCCGAGGCCCGGGCCUGCCUGCAGUGUUUGCUAUGGGGCCCUCGUGAGGACUUGUUCCAAGCACUGGGCUGCAGCAGCACAGGCCCCAUCUCAGGGGCCACUGCCAGCCAGCGCGAGGCCACCCUGCAGAACUGGCUGGACCUGAAACGGACACUGAUGAUGAUCAAGUUCGCGGAGCGCUCGCUGGACACGGCUUGUGGCGUGAGCCUGGAGGACUGGCUGUGCUGCCAGUAUCUCGCGUUUGCCACCACAGACAGCCUGAGCCGAGUGGUGCACAUCCUGCAGCAGCCGCAGCCGCAUCCACAUCCACAGCCCCAGAACCAGAACCAGAGCCAGAGCCAGAGCCAGAGCCAGAGCCAGAGCCAGAGCCAGAGCCAGAGCCAGCCGACCCACGCAGCUCAGAACCAAACUCAAACGCAUCAAGCACACACCCUCCACCUAACUCAGUCGCAGCCACUCUGAGUUCCUCUACCCAGCUGUUACUAUGGCAACAGAUCCAACAUCCCCUGUGUGGUCCCUUUGCCGAUGCUAAUGUGUGACGUAAGCUAAUAGUCAGCUUUGUUGUUGCAGCAGCCUAGUGCUCACCUAAAGCGAAACAGCUGGUUGUGCAACGUCUGUGUUUUCUGUCUGGACAAAUCAAUCCACAGAGUGAGAGGCUGUGUUCCCAUCAAACAGGCAAGGCUUCAUGAUCAGCAAGAUGGUUAAGAGUCCAGCAAAUGAAGUGGCUGUCUCACAUUGUUCUCAAAUCCAGUCCAGAUUUACCAGGAUGUGUGAGGGAAUUUUAGAGUUUUAGGGGUUUUUUUCAACCGAAGCUCUGCAAUGCUACAGAAUCGGAAUAACUAGUGUAUUAGAUAUAGUUUGCAUGGCCGAUGUCUCCAAGAUUGGUUUGAAGUGUUGUCAAAAGGAAUAAAUUUGCAAUUUUAUGGUAUUACACAUUAAUAUUCAACUGGAAAGUUUCAUCAGACAUCUAAAGAUAUACCAAAGUUUGAAUCUCUCAAAGUACUCCGUUUCUGCAAAGAAAACUCGAGAAAGACAGAUUGAGAUUUGAAAUCAACGAAGGCCAAAAGGACAAGCUGAAGGGAAUGAACAGUCAAACAAUCUUCCAAACCAACUGGAUGGGUUUUGUUUUUUAAUCUAGACUGAUCCAAAAGUGAAAUAUGUUUUACCACUGAAGCCAAAGAUCAAGUUUUUACCAGAGAUGUUUGAUCGCAAAGUGUAGUCAGACAUGAUGACAGUAGCCAGAUUUAUUAUUGGUUAGUCCCGUCCCGUCCUAUCCUGAUGUUUUUGUACACCUGAGACCCACUUCAAAUCCGUGUCAGAUGUCAAAGCCAGUCAGAAGUGGACGCUAACAAAAGUAAAAUGCUUUUGUAUCGUACCACGCUUAACGCUUAUGCACAGAUCUUUGAGGGAUGCAAUGAACGCUUGCAGUUUUCGGAGCAGAGUUUACAGUUUUUAAAUGCUUUGACGUUAAACUGGGACACGUUGACCCUGACCGGUUUGGAUUUUUGUCGGAGUUAUGUGCAAUUAGUACCUUUGUCUGUUACUUCCUGGACGUAACAGUUUCUGAACAUUUCUACGACAUUGUGCAGUCUUUUAUUAAUCCUCUCUUCCAUUAGUUUUGUGGCACAUAAACUGAUGCAUUUCAGUUAAAUCCUGCAGUUUAAGAAGCAAAGUUAAGUUCCGUGUGAAGAGCAUCUUCACAGAGGAUGGGAGACAGGGAUGUUUCAGGGACUGCAAAAAGUUCUUCUUUGUCUACUGUGUUGUUUUUGUCAAGUUGUUUUCGAACGGUUCUGCGUUACGGAUGACAUUUGCACAUUCAGUGUGAACGUUGGGGCUCCUCGACGGAGGCUGAGGACGCGAUGAUGCAGGACAGACUGAGAGAAGUUCCUGUGGAUUUGAGGAACUGGAUUUGAGUUGUUUUUGCAGCGUGUGGAAUGUAAUAGUUUGCCUGGGGCUGAAAUGGACGUUUGGACCUGGUCUCAUCUGCUUCAGAAACACACUCAUCUUCCAACUGAACCACUUUGUUUCACACACAAACUCGUCGUGUAAAAAACCGACAACCACAGCCUUGAAGAGAAACUCAACCACUGAGACUUGCUUCCAUUCCUCGCGCCUCGUUUCUCGUCCGCUUUGUUGUUAUCCAGCUGAUGGGACAGUUGAUCCUGCGUUGAUGCUCGCUGCUUUUCACUCAACGGAUUUCUUCUGCUUUAAUGAAAUGAGCUCUGUCUUAUUGAUCAGCAUCUACCAGCCUGGAGUCGAGUGGAAGCAACACAUGUACACAAGCCUCAGCUUCUCCAUAAAAAAACCAUGAGAAACUGUUAAUAUUGAGUUUUAUGCACAUGGGUUUAUUUGUGGUUGUGAUGAUCCAACACCCCUGAUAAAAACAUCUUAAACUCAGAACCAAGCAGUACUCGUUGUACUUUUGUACAGAAUGUUCCCUUGAUAUGAAUCCUGGUGGACGAUGUUUUCAGACUGACACUGCAAAAAGGCUUUUCAAAAGUUUACUUUACUUCUGCUCUGGUUAAGUUUGUGUUUGGGUGGCGGUGGGGUGGGGUGGGGGUGUGCUAUUGGGAUCAGGAUCCUGUGAUGGUUUUUACUGCAGAUGUACAAUACAAGACUUAAUGGUCCAUGGAGAGCGAGUGAGACAAAGCAGGUGUGAGUUUAUCGCUGCGUUUAAAGGGUUUGUGUACUAAAGGAAUGUGUGUGGACAGCACUGGUGGCUGUCCUUGUGUCCAGAGAUUUAAGCCUUUAUAUAGUAUAUAUAGUAUAAAUAUAUAUAUAUAUAUAUAUAUAUAUAUAUAACCUUUAUCUAUUUUAAUCCACACACUAUUUUGUCGAGUACAGAGCACCUCUAUUUCUGUCUUUAGAGAGUCUAAACAUCAUUUCUUCAUUUUUAAAGCUUUACUUGACUUUCUUCAGACUUGCUUGUUUUUUAGGGGUUCGGGUGAGUAGCUGUCACUAUCAGCCUCCUGAACAAAGGAUGAAAACAUCUUUUAAUCUUCAAGCUACAUGAUGAGGAGCAUCAAUGUACAGCGUUUUAGCCCUCUGGUAAAGUUAAGUUGAUAAACCACUUUGAAAAUGGACGUUUUUAACCCAUCGUUCAUCAGCCACGCCGCCCACAGCGUGUUUUCUUUAUUCUCUCUCUUUGCUCCCUUUGCUCUUUCUCAUUGUUAAUUGCCACUGAAUGGAGGAAAAAAACUAAACAGAAGCUCUCUAAGGCUUUCUGUUCAUAUGUGUACAGUUUGUCUCCUGGCGUGCCGCCGUUUAUUGUUGAUCAAGUUAACCAACAGUAACAGAACAAUAAAUAUAUGUUUUUAUAUAUA